AUGUCGUUAACCCACUUCUUCUACGAGCCCUUCUACUCCCUUUCUGACUUCGACCGUCUCUUUGACGAGGCCCUCGACGCGCGUCGGACUAACGGCCGCACACGCGGUCAGAACAGCCAGCUUACCACCCGGCAAGGCUCGUCGUCCUCUCUAAGCUCACUGCGCCCCAAGAUAGACGUGCACGAAGAUAAAGACAAGAACCUCGUCGCCGCCACGUUCGAGCUGCCCGGCCUUAAGAAAGAGGACGUGCAAAUCGACGUCCACAAUAACGUCUUGACCGUCUCAGGCGAGACCAAGAUCGACGAGACAAAGGAACAGGAUGGCUACGCCGUCCGCGAGCGCCGCUUCGGGCGCUUCUCACGUUCUAUUCCUGUGCCACAGGGUAUUAAGGAGGAGGAUAUCAAGGCGGCGCUCGAAGACGGCGUAUUGAGCGUGACCUUCCCUCGCUCUGCGCCGAGGCUGCACCGAAGAAAAUCACCGUCGCGUAGACGAGGUGGUUGCCACCACCCGUGGUACUCGCGCAACUUGCACCAGCACCUGUUCCCGCCCAACCUGUAUCGGUUACAGCCUCUGCCGAAGCCAGCCACCACCACCCAGGCUCAGGCUGAACAGCACGUCGUGGAGGAUCAGGAGCCUGUACCAGAGGUGGGACCGACAACAUCCGCGACGACCCCGCCGUCAACGGCUCCCUCCCCACCACCUAAAAUCACCUAUGAUGACGAUGGAAGAACCGUACCCGGCAUCAAACACCAGGUGGUGCCCAUCUCGCGGACUUGGUCGGCCACAUGGAGAUCUUCGGGUCCACCCGGCCCUCUCAUAUGA